AGCAAUGCUCGUAAUCCUUCAGAUUCGCGAUGCAUUUGCGUGAAGUUAAAUAACCACAUAAGUACUCCAAUGGGUUGAAAAAAUCAUCUUGACAAUCAAUUCUAUCAUCGCAUUUGUGCUACUUCAAUUACAUUUGUCGUUGUUGAGAUACCCCUGCUUUUUAGCGGUCGAUUUAUUUUCUCCCCAUUAUUUUAUUCAUUUAAAGGUGUUAUUUGAUAAAGUCAUAGUUAUGGCUUCGAAUUUGGAAGAUUCCCGGGUUUUGUCGUUGAAUUCGCACGACACAGCAUUAUGUAUUGUUCCACCAACACAUCUGACUCAAGAUAUCAAUCGGCUGCGAGCCCUAUACGAUAAGGCAUAUGAGAAAUGGCCUCCACAUGUUAACAUGAUCUACCCAUUCGUGGCUCCAGAAAGCCUACCCCAUGCCGUCGAGCUAGUGCGAGCAACCCUGGUUGAUAACAGCACGGAGGAGUUUCAAGUUCGUCUAGACACGGCUGGCUUCUUUACACACAAACGUCACACUACAGUAUACACCACUGACAGCGGAAACGGCUGUCAAGAACUACAAAAAAUGCGAAGGCAUAUUAUAUUUGCCCUAGGACAGUCAGACCUUAAUCAUCAACCCCAUUUGACAAUCGGCCAAAGCGACGCGGAUAACAACUCAGUUCGAGAUUACCUCGUCUCCAAAGUCGACUUGCUUCCGCCAGUAGAAUGGCAGGUUUCAGAACUUGUCGUGCUUAUCCGAGAUCAGUCACAGGUGUUUGGCUCGACGGUUGGUCGGAUGCGAGUUUGGGGAACUAUCAAACUGUCAGAAGGGUUUCCAUUGACGUUAUCCGACAUUGCGCCAGCCACGGACGAUGCGCAUACGGAUAAUCAGGCUGUUCAGCCGGGAACUACGUAUGAAUUCCACCCCAUGAAUUCUAAUCAAGCAAAACAGCAAUGGAAAAACGUUGACCCAUCGAUCGUAUCGGAGGCAGCCAAACAUACUCCAGCUUCUAUCAGUGUUUCAUCAUACAAUGUAUUGAUUGAUACGGUCUACCCGCCACCAACGGAGCGAUAUCCUAUCAUUCUAGAGAAUUUAUUGGGAAAUUCAAGUGCCGCUGAUAUUCUGGUUCUACAAGAGGUCUCAGACGACUUCUUAUCUUUCCUGCUUAAAGACGAACACAUACGUUCACGGUAUCCGUUCACAAGCCAUGGGUCCCCAGAACAGCCAGAGAUUGGACCUCUCCCGAGUCUGCGCAACAUCGUGGUUUUGAGUCGCUGGAGGUUUCAAUGGCAGUGGCUUCCUUCUGAGAAGCGACACAAGGGGUCAGUAGUGCUUCAGCUGCAAGAUAUUGGGACUUUUCACGGCGAUGAGUUUCUGCCUUUGAUAGUCACUGGCGUCCACUUGACCUGUGGACUUACCGAUGGCUCUAUUGCUGCUAAGUAUUCACAAGUUAGAACUAUUAUUCGGCAUUUGAAAACUCACUAUCGUGACAAUAACUGGAUUAUUGCCGGUGAUUUCAACAUUACAACUUCCUCCUACACAGUUGAUGCGGCGCUAAAGCGAAACUCGAUCACAGCACAAGGUGCAUCGAUUCUAUCAUCUCUUGAAGUUCUUUUCACAGACUCAGGACUUGUGGAUUGCUAUUUUGCAAACCGGAUCACUGGUUCUUCUACAGCUUCUGAGUUUUCAACGUAUAAGCAGGAGUUUGGGACUUUGUAUGAUGGUGAAGAAGGUGCUACAUUCGAUCCGGUGGAGAACACUUUAGCUGCGGAUAUUUCUGGUAGAAGCUUUCACAGUCGCCCGCAAAGAUAUGACCGCAUUUUUGUAAAGGGGGACGGAUUCAAGGUUACGAGUUUCAAUUUGUUCGGGCUACCUGAUCCAAAUACAGAAGGUCGCUUGGGAAGUGAUCACUGGGGUAUACGGGCGAAAUUAGACUUGGGUGCUACUUCUGACACGGAAAACCCUGCAAAAGACGAUUUGGGUAUUACUGUCGAAAAAGCACCACGAAGUCUCGGCACCGGCACGCAGCUGAAAGCUAUAUUAGACGACCAUGAGAUGUUUCCAUCUGAAGAUGAGGUUUUUCAUCGUCAACAGAUGUUCGAAUUGAUCAAACGUGCAGUUCAUCAAAAAGAAGUUAAUACUGCUGUUGAGACACGAUUGAAUAUUGCAUUCGUCGUUGUACCUGUUGGAUCAUACAAAUUAGGUGUAUGGGACUCUUCAUCCGAUGUGGACUGUCUCGUCAUUGGCACAAUCAGUCCUACAACAUUCUUUGCCCUUAUGAUUCAAAAGCUACGACGACAAGAGUGGCAGCAGAUUCGUGUUCUGAGAAAGGUUAAAGCAGUAUCUGGCACUAUGUUAGAACUUGAAGCCGGAGGUGUUCGAUUCGAUUUGCAAUACUGUGCCGCAACUAACGUGACUGAGAGUUGGCCUCAAGCACUAGAGCUUCCAUCUACAGAUUACAUUUUCGAUCUCCCAAUGCAGUCUCUAUUGAAGCUCAAUUCUAUUCGAGACCUCGACUAUUUGCAGCGAACUAUUCCCGACAUGACGGCUUUCCGUCUAGCAUAUCGCUUUAUCAAAACGUGGGCUAAGAAUAGAGGCAUCUAUUCUUCCAAACUUGGCUUUCUCGGCGGGAUUCACAUCACUUUGCUUCUCGGUCGCGUCUGCAAGCUGUCAUUCCGUGAGGCUGGUGCGGUUUCUGCUUCGGAUAUAAUCUGCACCUUCUUCAAACACUACGCGAAUUUUGACUGGAAGAAUGACAUGAUAUAUGACCCUACCUAUUACAAAGGGAAAAUGAAGUAUCAUCGCUCAUCUAGAGAACCUAUGGUGAUUUUAAGUAUUCAUCCUCCAAAGGUGAAUGUUGCUCGCGCUGCAACGGCGCCGUCUGUCAAGACACUGGAACAGGAAUUCAAACGAGCAGACCAACUCCUUUCUGGACAAACCGUCAGCUGGGUCGAUAUUGCAGGCACAGGAUCUAGAAAGACCGGUGCGGCCGACUUCCUAAAAGCCUAUUCGAAUUAUGUCCAAGUGGAUGUGCAGUUCUGGGGAGGAGCAGCCACGAAGGGACGGAUGUUAAUCGGGUGGCUGGAAUUCCGCUGUGUAUCUCUGUUGGUUGACAUCAAUCGGAAGUUUCCUGACAUUCAUGCACGAGUCUGGCCAGCUCGAUUUACAAAGAUGGAAGAGGAGAAUACAGAAAGCCGUCGAGAGUACCAGGGUUGCUUCCUGAUUGGUCUAGCAAAGAACGAAAAGAGCAACACCACAGGGCCAAUGACAGACUCAGAUCGCCGGUCUGCACACAUUUCCCUCGUUACCUUGCUCAACAACUUCGGUGAACAGAUCCGUUCCGACGAGAACUACUUUGAUACAUCUUUUUCUUGGGUAGAUGUUUCGCUAUUGAAGCAAUCUGAGUUGGAAGGCCUACGCCUUGACGAUAUGACAUGGGCGGAUGGUGCGACUACCCAAGACGAUGAUUUCGACUCUGAUGACGAUUUUGGCCAGGACCUCAGCAACUCACCGGAGACUGACGAUAUUGAUGACGGGCAACGAAACCUACCUCUACGGAACGCACGACCUGCCCCAUCGACGCAAGUAACCGGCGGACCCAAGCUCCGUCCCGCAGACGAGAUUCUCAGCCGGCUUCGAUGGGACACUUCCUUCGACUCGGCGGACUAUGUGGUUGGGUAUGUCGAUCGCUUCAUCGGCGAAAAGGAAGUACCCAUUGACCGGUGGAAGUCUGAGCAGACGGACGAUGAGUUUAUCCCCAUGCAUCGCGUUUUGUACUUUAAGAGGAGGAGUGAUGGUGAGCGGGUAUGGGACCGCGAGAAGAGAAUUGAUCUUAUUUUUAAUAGCGGUGCGUCAAAGAAUGGGGGCUGAACUUGAUAUAAGUUAUUGUAAGAAUUUGAGGUGUGAGCUAUGUUUCGUGUACGAUUUUGAUAGUAUAUGGUAUUUCAAUAUUUAAUUCACGUUACAAUAUA